AGUAAGAGAGCAGUGUUGUUCCGCGUUUUCUACGGAAGGCUGUUGAAGAUCAAGGCAGUAUUCGGCGUUACAGCCACUACAUUUGUCGAUGAGGCUUGUACAGGGUUUUAUAUGAUACCAAGAUGCCAGCCGGGUGCUGAUUUCAUGAUCGAAAGAGACAUUAAUCCCCACUGAGAUGACAGCAAUCUAAAGGGGACCUAAAGUGUCCAUUUUUUCAUGGCUCGGUAAGCGGAUGCAACAAUAUGCGGAUGAUUUUCACAGCAUCUGGCACUAACCCUCGGCUCAGAGUCGUUAGAGAGGAGGCUCACAGAUCCCAAACAUCUUGUCAUCGGCAGAUGACAGACUGAAAGAUCACGUUUUUUUGGCUAUUUUUGUCAGUCAUGUGUGAAAUUAACAACAUGUGUGAAAUGGAGCCUUUUUCGCCAGUCGAUCGGUUUCGGUGAAUAUACCAAACCAAGCCUUCAUAUUCAUCUUAAACUGAAAUGUAGCAAAACCGAUUUCACACCGAGGCCUAUGUUUAAAUUGACUCUUCUUAUCGUUAGGCUAUGCCAAGAAUUUAAAAUAGUCUUUACACUCAUACUCGGGGCAAGAACACAGCAGUCUUGUGCAAUUUAAAUGGAGGAUUCCCUUUCGAUGUUUUUUGUGUUAUUUUAGAAAUACAUUUUCUUGUUCAGUAGAGUGUUGUUUAGAGCGCAACAUGUAGCCUGUUUCCUGGACGCGCUCUAUGAAAUGAGCAGCACUCCAGCAUAGAGCUCCGGGGAUAUUAUCCUCUUAAAGCACAUACGCUAUCUACUCAAGGGACACAUUUGUAAUGAACUACAUGCCGUCUUUUCAUAUGGACAGUCAAGGCCCAGCCUAGGCUACAUGUCAGCAUUCGUUUUUUCCUUUUCCGCUGGUCAUCAAGAAGUUGCACUUCUGCGACUGGAGCGGCGUGAGAGAUUGUAGCCUACUAUAUCUAGUCUUGAAGGUUGGAUGGAAGGGGCUUUGCCAACUACCGUGCCCCUUCUGCAUUCCACCUUCCCGGUGUUUUUCUUAUGCUACUUUUCGCCAUGGAAACCCCACGUGAACGAUGGCGCCGACUGCAGUGGACCGAGAACGGAGAUAGGAAAUAAACACCAAGGCUUUUUUUAAAGGAAACAAGGACAUUCAUGUGGCACCGUGAGCUCAAUUCAGGGACUAUAUUGGCAUUACGGCCCUUAUACCUGGACUGGUGCUUCUGAAGGAACCGCAUCAGCCGCCAUUUGUACCCUGAGUACUUGAUAGACACAUUUGUACCCUGAGUACUUGAUAGACACAUUUGUACCCUGAGUACUUGAUAGACACAUUUGUACCCUGAGUACUUGAUAGACACAUUUGUACCCUGAGUACUUGAUAGACACUGUGAAGGGAGGUGUUAGGGUUAGAGGUGUGUGGAAGCUUGUGUGUGUUCCGUUCCUCCGGAAGAGGCCUCGCCAUGGCCCAGAACCAAAAUGACCAGUCACACAAAACCAGCAUGUAGGAGUGACUGGUCCUCACACAACAGGGCCUGACUGUCAGCACGUUUACAGUUUGGGUGAGGUUAGGGUGAGCCUCUGACCAAUCGACAGAACAGGGGGAUGUUACAAAACAGGCUCUGAAGGUGAUUUUGCUCCUCCAUCGUAAAGGUCACCCUAAACAGAGUUGUUGUUGUUUACAAGCCCCUGGUUUGUGUUCACCAUGCCUCGCAACCGGGCCUUCUCAGAGCCGGAGUACUCAGCAGAGUACUCUGCCGACUGCUCGGUGACACUGCCGUCCGACCCGGGCCAGGCGGUGGGCCGGACGCACGAGGUAACGGUCCGCAGCUCUGGCUGCUGCCUCUGCCUGCCCCGUUUUAUGCGCCUCACCUUUGCCCCUGAGUCUCUGGAGAACCUGUACCAGACAUACUUCCGGCGUCAGCGCCACGAGACCCUGCUGGUGCUGGUGGUGUUUGCCGCGCUCUUCGACUGCUACAUCAUCGUGAUGUGUGCUGUGGUGUACACCGGUGACAAGAUGGCGUCAGUGGCGGUGGCGUCAGUGGGGCUGGCGUCCGACAUCCUGCUCUACGUGCUGUGUCGCUUUGGCCUGCUGCCCGGCCGGGUGACGCGCAGGGUGGUGCCCUAUGCCCUGUGGGUGCUGAUUGCUGCGCAGGUGUUUUGCUACCUGGGACUGAACUACGGCCGCUGCCACCAGGCCAGCGACACGGUGGGCUGGCAGGCCUUCUUCAGCUUCUCCUGCUUCCUCACGCUGCCACUCAGACUCACACCCAUCGUGCUGAUCACUGCCGUGACCUGCAGCAUUCACACCCUGGUACUGGGGGUCACCAUCGCACAGCAGCAGCAGGAUCACAUCCAAGCGGGGGCGCUGGGGAGACAGCUCCUGGCUAACCUGGUGAUCUACAUGUGCUCCAUCACUGUGGGAGUCAUGUCUUACUACAUGGCCGACCGCAAGCACCGCAAGGCCUUCCUGGAGGCGCGCCAGUCCCUGGAAGUAAAGCUCAACCUGGAGGAGCAGAGCCAGCAGCAGGAGCGCCUGCUGUUGUCCAUCCUGCCCAAGCACAUCGCAGACGAGAUGCUGCAGGACAUGAAGAAGGAGGCCAGUCAGAAAGAGAUGCAGCAGUUCAACACCAUGUACAUGUACCGCCACCAGAACGUCAGCAUCCUGUUUGCUGACAUCGUGGGCUUCACCCAGCUCUCCUCCUCCUGCAGCGCCCAGGAGCUGGUUAAGCUACUCAACGAGCUGUUUGCUCGCUUCGACAAGCUGGCCGCCAAACACCACCAACUGAGGAUCAAGAUCCUGGGAGACUGUUACUACUGCAUCUGUGGCCUGCCUGAUUACCGUGACGACCACGCCGCCUGCUCCAUCCUGAUGGGACUGGCCAUGGUGGACGCCAUCUCGUAUGUGCGUGAGAAGACCCAGACACAGGUGGACAUGCGCGUGGGGGUCCACAGCGGCACCGUGCUGGGGGGUGUGCUGGGGCAGAAGAGGUGGCAGUACGACGUCUGGUCCACCGACGUCACCGUUGCCAACAAGAUGGAGGCUGGAGGGGUUCCAGGGCGGGUGCACAUCUCGGAGAGCACCAUGCAGUGUCUGCAGGGGGAGUUUGAGGUGGAGCCGGGGGAUGGGGGGGAGAGGUGUGACUACCUGAAGGAGCGAGGAAUCCAGACCUACCUGGUGGUCGUCCCCAAGGACCCCAUGGGGCGGAAUGCUAUCAACGGAGUGAAGCUGUCUGUGACCUCAUCCAAUGGGAACUCUCCGUUGCUGAUCAACACCAGGGAGUGUAACGGGAGUGUGAACACAGCCUGCACCACACCUGAGGAACCAGAGGACCUGGACACACGGGUGGUGAACCCGUCCUUCCCUAACCCCCGGCGGAGGCUAAGGCUGAGGGACCUUGCGGAGCGCGUCAUCGAUGCCCAGGAGAACGAGCAGGAGCUCAACAAGCUGCUCAACGAGGCUCUGCUGGAGAGAGAAACCAUCCAGGCUCUGAAGGGGAGACACACCAACCCUCUGUCGCUGCGCUUCGUGGACCCAGAGCUGGAGACCAGGUAUUCUGUGGAGAAGGAGAAACAGAGCGGCGCUGCCUUCAGCUGCUCCUGUGUGGUGCUGCUCUUCACUGCAGCCAUGGAGGCUCUCAUAGACCCACAGUUGAUAGCCAACUAUCUCACCCUGGCAGUGGGAGAGAUCCUGCUGCUCAUCCUCACCAUCUGCUCCCUGGCGGCCAUCUUCCCUCGGGUGUUCCCUAAGAAACUGGUGUGUUUCUCCACCUGGAUGGACCACACACGCUGGGCCAGGAAUACCUGGGCCAUGGCCGCCAUCUUCAUUCUCACCAUGGCCGACAUUGUGGACAUGCUGAGCUGUGUAUCUCCCGGGAACGCCACCGUCUCUUCGGCGGCCAUCUUGUCAGGUGCGGAGGGUUGCGUUCAGAACCCAAAAUACUACAGCUACAUGUCUGUGCUGGCACUCAUGGCGACCACCAUGCUGGUCCAGGUCAGUCACAUGGUCAAGCUCACACUCAUGCUCCUCAUCACCGUGACUACUGGCAUCGUCAACAUCUACAGCUGGAGGGACAUCUUCGACCGCUACGACAUGGCCCGUUUUCAGGACUACCGGUCGGGGCAGGUGCCCUCCAGGUACUCCACCACCUCCAUGAUCCUCGUCAUGAUGGCCAGCCUCUACUACUUCUCUCGCCACGUGGAGAAGCUGGCUCGCACGCUGUUCCUGUGGAAGAUCGAGGUCCAUGAGCAGAAGGAGAAGGUGUAUGAGAUGCGGCGCUGGAACGAGGCUCUGGUCACCAACAUGCUGCCGGAACACGUGGCCAAACACUUCCUUGGUUCCAAGAAGAGGGACGAGGAGCUGUACAGCCAGUCGUACGACGAGAUCGGGGUGAUGUUUGCCUCCAUCCCCAACUUCUCAGACUUCUACACGGAGGAGAGCAUCAACAACGGGGGCAUUGAGUGCCUCCGCUUCCUCAAUGAGAUCAUCUCCGACUUUGACAGCCUCCUGGACGAGUCUCAGUUCCGUUGCAUCACCAAGAUCAAGACCAUCGGCAGCACCUACAUGGCUGCCUCCGGCGUCACCCCAGACGCCAGCUAUGGAUACGCGGGUCUGAAGAAGGAGGAGCUGUGUGAGCGCGAGCGCUGGCAGCACCUGGCUGACCUGGCAGACUUUGCCUUGGCCAUGAAGAUCACCCUGAUGAACAUCAACUACCAGUCCUUCAACAACUUCAUGCUACGUAUAGGUCUGAAUAAGGGGGCGGUGCUGGCGGGUGUGAUUGGAGCACGGAAGCCUCACUACGACAUCUGGGGCAACACUGUGAACGUGGCGAGCAGGAUGGAGUCUACUGGGGUGAUGGGGAACAUCCAGGUGGUGGAGGACUGCUACAUCAUCCUGAAGGGGUACGGCUUCCGCUUCGUGCGGCGGGGGCCGGUGUUUGUGAAGGGGAAGGGAGAGCUGCUCACCUACUUCCUGAAGGGGCGGGACAAACAUGGCUCCUUCAUCAACGGCUCCUCCGUCACCCUACCUCACCAGGUGGUGGACAACUCCUGAUCUCUCACACACACACACACACACACUCCUGAUCUCGCUCACACACACACACACACACACACACACACACACA